AUGGCCGAGCCUGCUCUUAAGAAGCCCAAGGUCUGCAAGAACUUGCUGUCUUUGUUCGAGGCACAGAAAGACCUGCCGGCUUUCGAGGCAGUGUGUCCAGAGCCAGAGCAGAAGGCAGAAGAGCCAGAGCCCCAGGCUGAGAGCGAGGGCGAGCCCGAGGCUGCAGCCGAACCGAAGGCCAAGGCAAAAGCCAAGGCAAAAGCGAAAGCCGAGGCGAAAGCAAAGGCGAAAGCCGAGGCGAAAGCAAAGGCGAAAGCCAAGGCUCAGGGCAAGCCUAAGAGCAAAGGGAAGCCUGAGGCCAGUCCAAAGGCCGACGAGGAGCCCGAGCAAGCGAAGGGCCCAGAGUCAAGCGAGAAGCCGGACACCUCAGAGAAGGCAGAGGUCGACCCAGGGCAGUCCAAGGUUUCAGCUGCCGAGAAGCUUCGCCAGCGGGCCGGUGCUCUGGUCGCUGACUUGCAGGAGUCCGAGCCAACUGAGGGUGCACCGACCGAGGAGCUGCGGGACAAGAGGAAAACGAGGCACUUUGAGAAGCACCUGCACGAGUUGCCAGCCGCUGUGCAAGAGCUGUGGAAGAGCAAAAAAGUUUCCAGGCAAGACAAGACCAAGCUGGUCAACAGCAGUGUGGAAGCGGGCGACAAAGGCUGGCAGCUGGUGCAGCAGAACCCGGUCUUCGAGUCGCUGUCGAAGGUGUACUCUUCUGUGUUCGGAAAGAGCAAGGAGAAGACGUAUCCUCGAGCCAUCAUGAUUGGGAAAUGCGGCGGCGAAGCCGGCUUCAAGCAAGGCCUGGCGGACGGGGACAUCGUGCAAGUGGAGGAAGACGGAAAGAUCUUCUUCAAGUAUUGCUCGAUGGAAAUCCAAAGGAAGUCUGGAGUCGAGACGUCUCAGGACUUGAAGAAGCAAGUGGAAGGCAGCGACGAAGCUGACAAGCAGUUUCAGGGCUACGUGGACGGCUUCCAGCCGGAGUUCUGCGAGCUCAAGUACUGUCCCUCUACCUUCCAGCCCCUGCAGCCGCCAAGGACUUUGGCCAUCUGCGAUGGCCUUCUGGAGACCGACCCAGCUGUGCCCGUUCCAGUGGAUGCCAAGCAGCUUGGCAAGAUCGAGGAUGCUUUGUCGUGGAUCAAUCAGGCAAAAUCUGCCACGUUCAAGCUCAAGGUUGCAAAGAACAGCUCCACCUUCCAGCACCUGAAGGGCCAGCUGGACAACAAGUGGGAAAGUCUGCUACCACUGCAGCUGCAGCUGGAGCAGAUCAAGCUCACGGGCAAAGUUGCUCACACGAGUUUCAAAAGCCUCAUGGUGAACGUGGGGAAUAGUUUGUUGGAAGUGCAAGACUCAAAGAGCGACCGGGGCAAGUGGAUGCCCGAGAAGAGAAGGUGCCCUUCUCCGUGGACGGCGGAGUGGUCAGUGGUGGACAGCAUGCCCGCCUCAGAGUCGAGCUCGGAGAGCCAGGACCGCGACAAGCGGGGGGAGGCUUCUAUGCCGAUCCUGACGGAGGAGCAGCGAAAGAAAAUGAAUGAAGAGCUCCAGGAAAAACUGGAGGCUGCAAAAAAGGAGCUGCGAUCUGAGAAGGAUCCGGAGGACAAGCCGAAGGCCAGCGGGGAGCCGGAGCCUGAGCAAAAGGAAAAGGAUCGUGACGGCCGCAGGCGGCACCGGCGAUCCGAAGAAAGGGGCCGCCGUGAAGGCUCAGGCCGCCGCCGCCGUGACACGGAUGGCUCUGGCCGCCGCCGUGACACGGACCGCCGGCGUGACACGGGCCGUGCCGAGGCAAACGAGCCAGACCCAGGCAUCGUCGUGGAGCAGGAGGCAAGCACGGCCGGGCUCUACUGCCGGUGGUAUGGGGUGGACGGCUGCCGCAAGUACCUUAGCAGCAGCUGGGCAUACAAGCAGCACCUGGCGUGCAAGCACGGAUUCUCGAAAUCCUUUGCAGAGACUUUCGUCUCCAAGCAGUGGAAAGAGCUGGAGGACCACCUGGGCCCUGUCCCGCCACCGGAGCAGGAGGAACAGCGUCCGAAAGCCUCGCUGCGGCCAGCUGCAGAAAGGGACAUGCGACGUCCUGCUGAGCCCGCUCGGCCACCGAAAGCGCCCAGAUCCAGCUCCGAAGCCCCUUCGGUACCUUCGGCCCCUUCGCAAAGCUCUGAUGCAAAUGCUGCAGGCAUUGAGCUGUUGCGGGCCAUGUGGCAGGAUGUGGCAACCAGGGUCUUCAAAGAGUGA